AGGGGAGGGCAGGGGAGGAGAGGAGCGGGGGGAGCUGAGGAGAGCAGAGGCGUGAGCCGCACCGCCCCGCGUGCCCCGCACGCCCGCCCGCUAGAUCCGGAGGCGCGCGGGCGGCCGCUUGAGCGCACCAGCCGGGUCACCUUGUCCGGGAGGUAAAGGGGUCCUGUGGGGCUUGUGUGACCUGUGAGUCCAGCUGGCCAGCCUGACACCCUGUGGAGAGGGAGACUACCAUGGAUGGCAUCAUUGAACAGAAGAACGUGCUGGUGCAUAGUAAGAUCAGUGACGCUGGCAAGAGGAAUGGCCUGAUUAACACCAGAAACUUCAUGGCUGAGAGCAGAGAUGGCCUGGUGUCUGUUUACCCAGCACCCCAGUACCAGAGCCACCGAGUGAUGGCCAGUGCAACACCGACCAGCCUGGAUGCCGGCAGGAAGGAGCCUGUGCAGCAGCUGCUGGACCCCAACACCCUGCAGCAGUCGAUGGAAUCCCACUAUCGUCCCAACAUCAUCCUCUAUUCCGAGGGCGUGCUACGCUCCUGGGGAGAUGGUGUGGCUGCCGACUGCUGCGAGACCACCUUCAUUGAGGACCGGUCACCGACCAAAGACAGCCUGGAAUAUCCUGAUGGGAAGUUCAUCGAUCUCUCGGCAGAUGACAUUAAAAUCCACACCCUGUCCUAUGACGUGGAGGAGGAGGAGGAGUUACAGGAGUUGGAGAGUGACUACUCAAGUGACACUGAGAGUGAAGACAACUUCCUCAUGAUGCCACCUCGAGACCACCUGGGACUCAGUGUCUUCUCCAUGCUCUGCUGCUUCUGGCCUUUGGGUAUCGCAGCCUUCUACUUGUCCCAUGAGACUAACAAAGCCGUGGCCAAAGGGGACUUCCAUCAGGCCAGCACCAGUUCCCGGAGGGCUCUGUUCCUGGCUGUGCUGUCCAUCACCAUCGGAACUGGCAUCUACGUGGGUGUGGCUGUUGCCCUCAUCGCCUACCUCUCCAAGAACAACCAUCUAUGA